UUUCUUUUCAUUUUAUUUCAUAUUAUUUCAUUUUAUUUAUUUAUUUUAUUUUAUUUUUUCAAAUGGGAGUCAAUGGCGCAUGGGCAUUUUUGCAGUAUAAUGAUAUUAAAGGAACAAGAAGGGAUAGGCUUGGAUCUUUUAAAUUUGAAGAAAAGAUUUAUGUGGAUGUGGUUGGAACGUUUUAUGAUAUCCUUAAAAAACACUUUUGGUUAUGUGAUGAUGAAGAUAAUGAGGGUAGUCUAGCUAUUGCAGCUAAGAGGUCUCUUUAUGAGAUCUCAACUAUUAUUAACAAGCAUAAAUAUAUCCUUUGUAUUGAUGGAGAACGCACGCUUGAACGAAGAAAGGGUCAUCAACAGCGGCUUCAAUUAAAAUUAAAUACUCAAGCUAACAUAUCAAAUGCAUUAGAUAAAUUUCUUGAUAAGAGAAUAAAGAAAAAGGGAGAUUGUAACAAGCUGAUGUACUUGUCCAAGAAGUUGUUUAGAUUUAGUGAAAAUGCGACCAAAGCAUUUGUUCAGCUAUGUCGUAAAACUGGUUGGGAAGUCAUGAUUGGGGAUGGUGAAGCAGAGGUUGCAGUGGGCCGUUUAGGAGGUAUUGUCGUCACUCAAGAUUCUGACCUACUCUUUUACCCUAAAAUAAAAGUUGUUAUUAAACCUCUUAAUGAAGGAGGAUAUGUUCUUUACGAGAAGGACGAUAUUCUUAGCGUUUUAGGAAUCACGAAUGAAGUAUGGACUACUCUAGGGAUUCUUGCAGAUAAUGAUUAUGAUUCUGACAACUUUUUGCCUAAAGGCCUUUAUAAUUCAGAUAGGCAUCGGAAAACUUUGUAUGCAGAUCAAUUUGAGGAUAAUUACAAUAGAAUGCUCGAAUGUCUUGAUACCAUUGUAAAUAAAACAAUACCUGUAACAACAGCUGAAUUAGUACAGGAAUACAUUCAGGCUUUCUUAACGUUAAUGAACAAACAGGAAGUUAAAGAAAUUCAGUUUGACGCUUACAGGAACUCUUAUCGAAUCUUUGUUCUUCAAAAGGAAGAGAUAACCAAGGAUGAACAUAUGCUUAAUAAGCUGAUUACACUUGAACCUCGACACAUUAUUAAAAAGAUUCUGGAUAGUGAUGCUGAAUGGAAACCAAACUAUUUGCUCAAAUCACUUUAAAACACACACACACACACAUCGUUAUGACUAACAUAUAUGUUUAACUAUCCUUACUUUACAUUGGAUUUAUUGUCUGAAACAUAAACUUCUUAAUAAAUACUAUCUACGUAUUUAUUUAUUAUCUCUUUUGCAU